AAAUAUUUAGCUUUAAGCAAAUGUUUGUAAAAAUGUGAAAAGAAGCACGUUUAAAGUUUCGUAUAAAAUAGUGAAGGCAAAGUGUAAAAGGUGCGAAAGUGAUUGGAAAAGUGUUAAAUUUUGUUUUGAAAAUGCUAUGGGUAUUUUUUUGUGUGCGUGUGAAGAAAUGUGUUGUGUUGUAUAAAUAAUAAUAGUGCAAGGAAUUCAUGCCAAAAGUAUUGCCGGGAAUAUGCUGUUGACUAUAAGGAACAACAUAUGUAGAGGUGGCAAAAGGCGGGUGUUCAAAAUAAAUACCAGCAGUACAAUUCCAAAUAAUUGCCACUCAAGAACACCUAUCAACAAGCACAAUAACAACAACAUGAACAACUACAAAUAUUACUAAAGCAAUAACGAUGCUGACUUAAUGAAAAGGAAGUGAAAGGGACGAGUUUAAGACAUCGAAAAUGAGUGUAUAUGUAUGGGUGACGCUGACGGGCUGAGCGCCGUUGACAUGUGAGCCGUCGCGCGCAGUUAUACAACGCAAAUCGACGGCAACAAAAGGAUAACCGUUAAGAGAUAAGAGAAGCGACGUCACGUGCCAUAAUAAUACUGUAAAGUGAAACCAAUUAAAAAGGCGCGUGAUUUCAGCUGAGCGACAAGCUGGAGGCGUAAAACAGGCAACAGCCGACGUGUAAUUUUACAAUACAACAAAAAUAAAAGGAGCAACAACGGCGCUGGCAUCCAUGGAGCAGCCACGUUCGCGUUUUUGUGCUGAAAGAUUGAUAAAUAAUGCAAGCAUGUUUUUUCCGCAAAAUAACGGUGUUCUGUAAGAAAAAGUGAACAAAAAUAAGCAACGCAAGCCAAUAGCAGACACGUGGCAACGUUUUUUGAGUGAAAAACGUCGGAAGCUGCCGGCCAACAGUUUUAUUCACGCGUUAAAAAUUACAAAUGCAGCAACAAAAGUAAACUUGUUUUUACAUAAGCCACCAAUAUUUCCAGUCAUAAUAAUAACAAUAGCAAUAACAAUAAUCGCAAUUAUAAUCAGCACGUAGCAAAUAAGAACACCGCGUGACGCCAACUGCUGCCACGUCUUGCUGCUUCACGGCACUGCAAACGCUUAAAGUGAUUACUAGCGGUAUUUAUUAAUGCUCACAUGCGUUUGUGUGUGUAGGAGAGUACGCCGCAAUUUUAUGGCGUUUUUAAUGAGUAUUUUUUCGCACUUAACUUUACUUUACGGGUUUCAUAUGCCAUUUCAUAGUACGAACGCGAACAGUGCAUUUCUGAAUUUCGAGCGAAUUUAAAUUCCUGCUUUUGCAACGUUUUUACACAACUCCAUAUGAUACAUGUGAGCGUUAUCGAUAAAUUUGCGCAAAAUUUAAGUACAGCACUUAAUUGAAUUUGCACUCACUUUGCGUAUUUAACUCGCUGCAUUAAUUAGGUUUUUAUACACGCAAUUAAUCGAUGCAAAGAACAAUACUGACAACAACAAAGCGUGCUGUAGUCCGUUAGCAACUUUUUACUUUCGUAACAAACACAACAUAUCGAUAAAACGUACAAUAAUUCAUAGUAAUAACACAGGACAUAAUUAAAUAUAAACAAACGGCCGAGUGAAUUGUCAGCCAUUUAACAAUUUGUUAUUACAACAUCGACGACAAAAUCAUCGCUUGAACGCAAAUUCAUCAAGAAACAAUAACAAAAUGGCACAUUGGGUGCAGAUACUGUUGGCGUUGCUGAUGUAUGCAGGUUCCCUUGAGGGCGCCUCAAAACGCUUUUUCACCGAUUUUCUACAAGACAUGCCAACACCCGGCACUGGCGGCCCCACAUUCGAUACAACCGUACCGACGAAUAUAACAGGACUGGUCGGCAAAACGGUGAAACUAACUUGUCGAGUGAAGAAUUUAGGAAAUCGAACUGUCUCUUGGGUGCGUCAUCGUGACAUUCACCUGCUGACAGUCGGUCGUUACACCUACACGUCGGAUCAACGCUUUGAAGCGAUGCAUUCGCCGCACGCCGAGGAUUGGACGUUACGUAUACGCUACGCACAACGCAAGGACUCGGGCAUCUAUGAGUGUCAAAUAUCAACAACACCACCGAUCGGGCAUUCCGUCUAUCUGAAUAUAGUGGAACCCAUAACAGAAGUAAUUGGCGGACCAGAGUUACAUAUAAACAAAGGUUCAACAAUCAAUUUGACUUGUAUUGUCAAAUUCGCCCCAGAACCGCCGCCCACAGUCAUUUGGUCACACAAUCGGGAGGUCAUAAAUUUUGAUUCGCCACGCGGUGGUAUAUCAUUAGUAACUGAGAAGGGUGUAGUCACUACCAGCCGAUUAUUGGUGCAAAAGGCCAUACAACAGGACUCGGGACUAUACACUUGUACGCCGUCAAAUGCAAAUCCUACAUCGGUGCGCGUGCACAUCGUGGAUGGUGAACAUCCCGCUGCUAUGCAUCAUGGACACGCCACACCACAAGUCCAACCACCCCCUGCUACGCUCCUACUGCUCCUGGCACUCCUAGCCGUAUUGCUGCUGCAAGAGCACCCCAGCCAAUCGACAGAAAAGCAAAAACAAAAGCAACACCAACAACCAGAAGAAAAUCGAGCUGAGCUGCCACAGCAUUAUAAACUGCGUCAACGCAUCCGAUGGAAGUGGUGGCAAAGCAAUCAACUAUGGAAUGAAAAAUUUGCGGUCUACCAACGAACAGAGCCAUUCACUAUGGAAUUGUCACAAAUGGUAAGAGGUCACGCGCCAGAGCGGGUGGCGAAAAUGUGUCGCAAUGCAGCACCAAUGCUUUUACUGCCAACACAAAAGACGCAAAGACGUCGAGAGACCGACGACAAGGCGGCAGCAGCAACAUAGCCAUCAAAUGGCAAUUGGAAUAGAGAGUAGAAUGGCACUCGAAUUGAUGUAAAUUAAGUUCCCAUCCAGAUCCUAAUAGUUAAACGAAAACUUAAAGUACUUUUUUAAGCGCUUUAAAAGAUAAAUAAUAAAAAAACUAUGUAAAGUA